AUGAUGGGGAACCUGUUAAAGAAGGAAACAGGUGACAAAUGUGACGACAAGACCUUCCCAGUUCCUUCACUGAAUGCAUCAGACCUUCCUCUGCUCCCCAGCCACACCCCAGACCACUCAGACAUUCCGGGGAAGACCAGUGGUGUGGCGGGCAUCACUCCGCCGGCCUCUGAGGUGGGCAGCGACGAGAUCUUGGCCAGGAAUCUUGAGAACACAUGCGGCGGGAUGAAGCGGAAGACCAGAGCCUCCGAGUCACCCCAGAAGAGCAAGAGGCCAAAGAGAAGUUUGAUAGACUCCUACCUAAUAAAAGAUGAGAGUGUUUCUAAGAAGACUAAGGAGGAGGAGGACGAGGAAGAAGAGGAGUUUGAGGUGGAGAGUAUAAUUGACUUCAAGAAGACACAGAGGGACCGUUACUACAAGUACCUGAGGCAGCUGCUGGAGGAUAAGCUGACGAAGGAGCUGAGGAGUAAGCGCGACGUCCAGAUGGCGGAGCUACGCAAGUGGGAGCGGAAGAUCAACACCAUCUGCUCCGACCCGGCCAAGCUGUGCGUGGAGAACACCGUUGACCUGGAGCUGCCGCCUAUGGAUUUCAAGUACAUCAACGAGUGCUUGUGCAACAAGCGGUGUUCCUGCGGCCCCAACUGCUCCAAUAGGGUGGUGCAGAAAGGCCGCAACAUCAGCCUCUGCAUCUUCCGCACUGCCAAUGGCCGGGGCUGGGGCGUGAAGGCCAUGGAGAACAUCAAGAAGGACUCCCUCGUGACGGAAUAUGUCGGGGAAGUCAUAUCAUCAGAAGAGGCUGAGAGGAGAGGGAAGAUUUAUGAUGCUCAGAACUGUACCUAUUUAUUUGACCUUGACUACAAUAAGGGGGACCAGAACCCUUACACAGUGGAUGCUGCAAAGUGUGGCAAUGUCUCCCACUUCAUCAACCACUCUCUUCAGUGGACAUGGUGGUUGUGGGUUCCCUCAGAGUAA